AGGGUCGAUCUACGGCUUCAACGUGGCGGCCAGCCGGCCGGUGCAGCAGCUGGCCGGUCGCCAUGGCGUCCCGCUGCGUCUGCACAGCAUCAUCUACAAGAUGGUGGACGAGCUGAAGGCGGAGCUGAGCAGCCGCCUCCCCCCCCUGCUCUCGGAGAACCUCGUCGGGGAGGCGACGGUUCUCGCCAUGUUCGACGUCUCCGUGGGGAAGAAGAAGGUUCCUGUUGCCGGCUGUCGGGUCCAGAAGGGUCAGCUGGACCGCCGCCUCCGGUUCAGACUGAUCCGGGGCCCAGACACCAUCUGGGAGGGGUCUCUGGCGGCACUGAAGCACCACCGAGACGACGUGCAGACGGUGAAGGCGGGGAUGGACUGCGGCCUAUCAGCUGACGGCGGCGUGGACUUCAGACCCGGUGAUGUCAUCGUCUGUUACGAGGAGCGCGAAGAUCCGCAGGUCACGUCCUGGGACCCCGGCUUUUAAAACUACACUUCCCAGCAUGCUCUGCUGCAAACGGGAAGCUCUACGGGACUGAUGGAUGUAAAAUGUAAAUGUGCGACUAUUAAAUUAAUCUCCAACUAUUCU